AGAGACUGAGCUGGCCGGGACCUUUCUCGCGCUGGUCGGUGGGGCGCGCGGCUGGGCCGGGACUUUUCUCGCGCCGCUCCACUGGGCCUUCGGCUAUGGCGCGGAAGUCGAAACUGCCUGUUCUUCUCCUGGCGCUGGUCCUGGGCAUCCCCCUGGCGCAGGGCUCCAGGGCCCUGCCCCUGGUCAUCAACACUUGGGCUUUUAAGAAUGCUACCGAAGCAGCAUGGCAGACGUUAGCAUCCGGAGGUUCUGCCCUGGAUGCAGUGGAGAGCGGCUGUACGAAGUGUGAGAUGGAGCAGUGUGACGGCACUGUAGGCUUUGGAGGAAGUCCCAAUGAACAUGGGGAAACCACCCUGGAUGCCAUGAUCAUGGAUGGCACUACUAUGGAUGUGGGAGCAGUAGGAGGCCUCCGAAGAAUUAAAAAUGCCAUUGGAGUGGCUCGGAAAGUCCUCGAGCAUACAACACACACACUUUUAAUAGGGGAGUCAGCCACCAAGUUUGCUGAAAGUAUGGGGUUUACCAGUGAGAAUUUAUCUACCAGUGCCUCGGAAGCCCUGUAUUCAGAUUGGCUUGCUGGGAAUUGCCAGCCUAAUUAUUGGAGAAAAGUAGUACCAGAUCCUUCAAAACACUGUGGACCCUACAAACCAUCUGGUAUUGAGGCUCAGAGUAUUUUUCCCUACAAAGAAUUGGAUGUCCAUGGUCAUGAUACUAUCGGCAUGGUUGUAAUCCAUAAGGCGGGAAUUACUGCUGCAGGCACAUCUACAAAUGGUAUAAAAUUCAAAAUUCCUGGUCGUGUAGGAGAUUCACCAGUGCCCGGAGCUGGGGCCUAUGCUAACGACAAGGCUGGGGCCGCUGCAGCCACAGGGGACGGCGACAUACUACUCCGCUUUCUGCCCAGCUACCAAGCUGUGGAAUAUAUGAGAAAAGGAGUUGAUCCAACUGUAGCUUGCCAAAAAGUGAUUUCAAGAAUUCGGAAACAUUAUCCAGAAUUCCUUGGGGCUGUUAUAUGUGCCAAUGUGACGGGAAGUUAUGGUGCUGCUUGCAACAGACUUGCAACAUUUACUCAAUUUAGUUUCAUGGUUUAUAAUCCUCUACGAAGUCAGUCAACUGAAGAAAAAGUAGACUGCCUCUAAUCUGUCUUGUCUGUCAGCAUGUGAAUUUAAAGAGGAACAAAAUGAAGGCGGGAAAGUUGCUCACUGACAUCAUGUAGAGGUCUUCAUUUCUUGCAAGUUCGUGUGUAAGUUAAGUGCAAAAAUAAAGUACGAUACAAUCACA